GUACUUGGCCGGGCCGGGUACUUACUAAAAGCACACAGUAUCAUUUCAUUUUAUAACCAAGGAACUAAAAGUCUAAAGGUUAAAUAAUAAUAAAAAAGAAAUUAAGAAUGGAUUCCUUGGAGUUAGUGUCAUCAAAUAAAGUAUUUGGAGGCUAUCAAAAAGUUUACUCUCAUGAGUCAGCUGAGCUGAAAUGUAAAAUGAAUUUCUCUAUUUAUCUGCCACCACAAGCUGAAGGAGGCGAUGUUAAGCUACCUGUAAUUUUCUAUUUAUCUGGCCUCACCUGUACUGAGCAAAAUUUUAUAACAAAAUCUGGUUUCCAACGAUAUGCAGCUGAACAGGGCAUUAUUGUUGUUGGACCGGACACUUCUCCCAGAGGAGUAAAAAUACCAGGUGAUGAUGAAACCUGGGACUUUGGAGUGUCUGCUGGUUUUUACUUAGAUGCCGAAAAGGAUCCUUGGUCAAAUCAUUACAGAAUGGGUAGCUACUUGAAUAAAGAGUUGUAUGACUUAAUACUGAAAGCAUUUUGUAAUGUAGUUGACCCAAACAGAAUUGGCAUCAUGGGUCACAGUAUGGGAGGUCAUGGCGCUCUUGUGUCUACACUGCGAAACCCAGGAUUGUACAAGUCAGUUAGUGCUUUUGCUCCUAUCUGCAACCCCAGUGCGUGUCCAUGGGGAGUGAAGGCUUUUACUGGUUAUCUUGGAGAAGAUAAAAACAAAUGGCAGGAUUGGGAUGCAACAGAACUUGUCAAAAAAUAUGAUGGACCACCACUAACACUGCUUUUGGACCAGGGCGCUGCUGACAAAUUUUACAUUGAAAAACAAUUACUGCCUGAGAACUUAGUGGAAGCUUGUCGCUCUGUUGGAGUACCAGUGAUAUUGAAUCUGCGUGAAGGAUAUGAUCACUCUUACUACUUUAUUUCCACUUACAUAGGCGAACACAUCAAUUUCCACGCUAAAAUUUUGAAGGCUUGAUAUAUAAAUUUAUAAUUUUGUGAAAAUACUAGUGACUAUGGCCAGUGGCGUAGCAUGGGUUCCUGCCGCCAGGGACCGCAAGAACAAAAUAUGCCGCCUCUCAAUCCCCUGCCUUUUUUUUUAAACUGAAUUUUAUUUCCAAAAUAUGCCGCUCAGGGCCGUCGCCCCCUGCUACGCCACUGACUAUGGCCCUAUUACAAUAAAGCUCUUACUGUAUAGUGUUAGAAGACUAAUAAAACAAGACGCUUUUGCGGUUUUUAUUAAAACAAAAUAUAAAACAUUGUCAAUGUUUAAUAAUUCAUAUUUAUGUUAUGAGCUGUGCAUUUAAAACAAUUUAUAUUUUUGUACAUAUGUUCAAUGUUCAAAUAAAAUAAUUUCAUAUGAAUUGGGUUUUAUUAAUUAUUAAGACAAUUUAAAAUAAAUAACAAAAUAAUUGAAUGCAAUUUAAUUAAUAUCUGUAUAUUAUCUGUUUUGUGUAAUUAUGCAAUACACAAUAAAUUUUCUAAAACAUUAAUUAUCUAGAGUCCUUUCUGAAGUUGUGGUAAUACUGAAGGAAUUUGUCUCGGUUUCCCCAAACAUGUGAUCCACCCCAAUAGCACCAGGCUCUGUUGAAGACAUAAAGGGCAAUGUUGUAGUUGUAUUAUAAAAAAUAUUAUUGAUGGUAAAUGAAUAUAAUUAAAAUCUGCUAAAAUGUUGUAAUUCAAUUAUAAAACUUUUUUCUGAUAAUAAAUAUUGAUCAAAACAUG